GAAAAUGUUUUCUAAGACUUUUGAAUAACAAAUAAACGGAGAGUGACUGGGCAAAAGACAACUCAGCAUGGUAAAUGCUUUGAAUGCCUUUGGUAUGGCCAUUGGAUGGAUGGACAUUGUGGGAGUGCUCUUCUUCGAACUGAUAAUGUUCUAUUUGAUGCGACGUCGUCGCUUGGCAAAAGAAGCCGCGGACGUAUCGAUUGAAGCACCAAAAGAAAAUCAGAGAAAUUCAUUGCCCAGCCUCUUGAGUAGGAAAAACCUGAACGAGAGCGAAAACGUUUGGAUAUAUUGGGGCUACUUGUUGAUGCUAAAUGUCUGGGUUGGUAUUACCCUGCUCAUGAUAGCUGGCAUCUCGUUGCACAAACCCGAGCUUAUGAUAUUUUGGUUGGUUUGGUGCGCUUGCGGUUUGGUCUUCGAUGUCCUCUUCAUUUUGUGGUGGCUUUACGAGCUCUUUGCGGGAGAUGCCAUCGAGGCGCUGACCAAUAUUCUGAUCUCCCUGCUGACCAUGGCAAUUGAGUUUGGAUUCAUCUAUGUUAUUUAUACAAUCUACAUGAACUUGUCCAACUCCCAGGAAGACUACAAAAUUGACAAGAAAUCUUUAUUUUCUGUAAUGAUGAUUGCAGAUCUAAAGCGAUGAAUUUAAAUUUAGGUUUGUUAUUUUUUCAAUAAUUAUUUUUGGCAAAAUUGUUUUUGUAUUUAACAAA